CAGCUCUUUCAAUCUUUCAAAUGAAGGGAGAAAGUGGUUGGCACGCGUUCAUGUGGCAGGCAUGUCGUGCCUCGCGGGCUCAGGAAGGUUAAUUCCCUGACGAGAUACCUACAGUGAUAUGGUCGUAGCAUCUCCCACAGCAUCUUUCGGCCUCCCCGAAGCAACCGUCGGUCUGUACGCCGCAGCGGGAGGGUUGCCCCGGCUAGUACAUAACACCUCUUUACAAAUCGCUUCCGAGAUAGCCAUGACAGGUCGUCGGUUAACGGCCCAAGAAGCCCUGGAUUUCCACCUUAUCAACAAGAUCUCUAAAAGUCAAGAAACUGUGGUGGAUGAAGCGGUGGAGAUGGCGGAGAAAAUCGCAUCUUCGAGUCCGGAUGCUAUUAUUGUUACAAGAGCGGGACUUAGGGAGGCAUGGGAAGAGGGCAGUGUCGAGAGGGGUGUUCAGAGGGUUGGCGAGAGGUUUGAGAGGGGACUAUUCGAGGGGGAGAAUAUUAGGAUCGGGCUUGAGGCUUUUGCGGGGAAGAAGAAGCCGGUUUGGGUUGCUAGUAAGAUUUAGGGAAGGGUUUUGGCGGUGUGGUUUGUGUGAAGUUUUGGGUGCAGUGGAUGGUGCUGGCAGCCACGCCUGCAAUUCUUGUAUCUAAGAGAAAGAAUUACCUGCACAUUAGGCGGAAGUGUGCUGCUUGUACGACUUCCAAGCCAAA